AUGGACAUUUCCUUAACUCAGUGCCACCAGGGAUCCCUUCUAUCAUUGCAAGACCAUCCCCGACAGUUCAGUAUUAACAACUACACUGUCAACUCCACAUUUUGCAGCUCAGGUCGCUGGGUCAACCUCGCCUCCAUUCCCACUCCCCGUCAAGAGCAUGGAACCGUCGCCAUCGGUAACUCAACUAUUGCGAUCGUCGGUGGCAUCGCCUCUCAAGACAAUAGUAGCACCGCAGUCACAACCGACCUAGUCCAGCUCUACGACAUCGCCUACAAUACCUGGCGCACUGUAUCCCCAGCCCUCUUCAGAGUCAACCACCCCAACCUUGCCUCCGUGGCCCCCAACAAACUCAACCUCCUGGGCGGUCUGACCGACGUACCACACCCAAAAGGCCAGGAUCUAGACAUCAACUGGAAUGCGUCCAAGGACUGCUACAAUUAUGACGCUGCAACAGAUACGUGGGCCGAGGUUGCCUCCAUGCCCAGCGGCACAGAAAGGGGCAGUUCCGUCGUCGAAAGCCGUCAGCAUGCUACUGGAGCGGUCAUUGGAGACACUUUCUAUGUUAUUGGUGGACGCCGAUACGGCCAGAUGUAUCAUCGAGACACGGUUUUCGAGCUUGCUCUGCAGAAUAUUGAAGCAGGAUGGAGGACGAGCACUGGCCACAUGCCUACCUCCCGCGGAGGCAUCUUUGGGGUGCUGUUGAUGGGAAGUUCUAUGUUUUCGGUGGUGAAGGAAAUCGAGAUUCCAUCACCGCGAUGGGUUGAAUUGAUGCCCAUGGCUGUUCCUCGUCAUGGUACUCAAGCUGCGGUGGCUGAAGGAUGUAUCUAUAUCCCUGGUGGUGGCCUCCAGCAGGAUGGUAAGGAGGUCAUAGUAGGCGGGAAGUCUACUUACCAUAAUCCUACCUCUCACUUUGAUGCUUACUGUCCUUGAGCAUUGAAAUUGUUUAGCGGCGUGAAGGGUAUAGAAAAACGG